UUUUCUUAGAAGGGGGAAAAGAAAUCCUCACGAGAAAACCACACGCACACACGCCACUCCUUCUCCCUCCUCUCUCGCUUGCUCCCUUCGCUUGUCCCUUUCUGCAUCCCACUUUCUCUCUGUUCCUCUCAGGAGGUCUGUUCUGUUAUUGCGCCCCGUCUGAACCUGCAACAGCAUUAACAACCUGAAAAGAAAAAGUUCUCUUCUGUUUCUCUUUUAAAAUGGCGGCGAUGGGCCAUAUCUCAACGGGAAUACCAACAGAUCGCGUCUUCACCUCGCCAAGGAACCUUAGCGAUGUUUCUCUGUUUAGUGCCAAAAUCAACAGCGGAAGACGUUGCGGCGUUUUUCAGAAGCGAGCUUUCGCGGUUAGAUCCAUGAGGAUUGCCGAGGAUGACCAGGGAGGAAAACUCACUACUCAGAACGGUCCUUUUAAUGUGGAUAAACUGAAGCCUGUUGUUGAGCAUCCAAAUCGUGAUUUCAUUCUGACAGAAUCAAGGAUUGGCUCAGAUAUUUGGAGAAAAACAAAGAUAGUAUGUACUAUUGGUCCAUCUACAAGUUCACGUGAGAUGAUAUGGAAAUUGGCAGAGGCUGGAAUGAAUGUCGCCCGUUUAAAUAUGUCACACGGAGACCAUGCUUCGCAUCAGAAAACAAUUGACUUGGUUAAAGAAUACAAUGCUCAAUUUGAAGAAAAGGUCAUAGCCAUAAUGCUGGACACCAAGGGUCCUGAGGUCCGAAGUGGAGAUGUGCCUCAACCAAUUUUGCUCAAAGAAGGUCAAGAAUUCAAUUUCACAAUAAAUAGAGGAGUCAGUUCAAGUGACACAGUCAGCGUAAACUAUGAUGAUUUUGUGAAUGAUGUGGAGGUUGGAGACAUACUAUUGGUAGAUGGUGGAAUGAUGUCAUUAGCUGUGAAGUCAAAGACGAAGGAUACAGUAAAAUGUAUAGUUAUGGAUGGUGGAGAGCUCAAGUCAAGGCGUCAUCUGAAUGUACGGGGCAAAAGUGCUACCCUGCCUUCAAUAACAGAGAAAGAUUGGGAAGAUAUCAAAUUUGGGGUAGAAAACGAAGUUGAUUUCUAUGCUGUGUCUUUCGUGAAGGAUGCUAAAGUUGUCCACGAGUUGAAAGAUUAUCUCAAACGCUGCAAUGCAGAUAUUCAUGUGACUGUAAAAAUUGAAAGUGCGGAUUCUAUACCAAAUCUUCAUUCGAUACUCUCUGCAUCUGAUGGGGCGAUGGUUGCUCGUGGAGACCUUGGAGCUGAGCUUCCAAUUGAAGAGGUCCCCUUGUUGCAGGAGGAUAUCAUAAGAAGAUGUCGCAGUAUGCAUAAGCCAGUAAUUGUUGCAACAAACAUGCUAGAAAGCAUGAUUAAUCAUCCUACACCUACUAGGGCUGAAGUAUCUGACAUUGCCAUUGCUGUGCGAGAAGGUGCUGAUGCGGUCAUGCUUUCUGGUGAAACUGCACAUGGAAAGUACCCAUUGAAAGCUGUUAAAGUUAUGCAUACCGUGGCAUUGAGGACUGAGGCAAGUUUACCGGUUAGCACUGUGCCUCCAAUCCAUGCUAGCGCUUACAAGAGCAAUAUGGGUGAAAUGUUUGCUUUCCAUUCUACGAUUAUGGCUAACACGCUUCAUACACCAAUUAUUGUGUUCACGAGAACUGGAUCAAUGGCUAUACUUUUAAGUCAUUAUCGACCUUCCUCUACCAUCUUUGCUUUUACAAAUGAGAAAAGAAUUAAGCAGAGAUUGGCACUUUAUCAAGGAGUCAUGCCCAUAUAUAUGCAAUUCUCAGAUGAUGCCGAGGAGACUUUUUCCCGAGCUGUCAAGCUAUUAAGGGAUAAGAAUCUAUCGAACAUAGGGGAGUAUGUUACUCUAGUACAAAGUGGAGCACAACCAAUCUGGCGCGAAGAAUCUACUCACCACAUCCAAGUUCGUAAGAUUUUCCCUGUACAUAGCAAAGUUUAUUUGUUCGAUAAAUAUAACGGUCAGUUCUUAUCAUCACAACUUACGUUUAUUGUCUUUAUGUUUCUCUCUAAUAGAUGUUCAUUGUAGUGUCAUUCAAGCUUU